AAGUCCAAAUCCUUUAUUAUCUCCUUCACAAUCUAGUUUCCUUGCCUGGGGCCCAGGCUAGCUUUCUUAGUGGUCUUCUGGAUUUUGGUUUCAGUGGAGGGAAGGAGAAGAGGCCUGCCACCACGGUGGUGUGAGAUGGAGUGAAUGAAUCUGGCUCUGAGUCCCUUCUGUGUCUGGCUCUGCUCCUGGCUGAGGCUCCCAGCUUAUAUUCUCUAUUAUAAUUACAUUAUCAUAGGUGUGCAUCUUGUAGAACUAUAUUAAGUACUAAGUACAUGUACUGAACUAGAGAACUAUUAAUCCCCAUGCUAAACUAGAUAACCAUUGUCUUUAUUAAUUCCACUGACUUAGCACCUUGUAAGAAUCCUUAUUUCAGAGUUCUGGCCCAUAACAAUAGAUGUCAUAGGUCCUAAAUUUAGAGCUAUCAGGAACCUUGCAAACUGUUCUACUCUCCUCACUUAAGAAUGGAGGCCCCAAGAGAUAAAGUAACUAAUCUAGUUUUACAGUGGUGGUGGGAGUAGCAGCAGUUAGCAUUUAAUAUAACUUCUACUGUGUGCCAGGAACUAUGCUAAGCACUUUGCAAAUAUCAUCUCUUUAAUUUUCACAGAAAUUCUAGGAUUCAGUGACUAUUAUUAUUCCCAUUUUUCUGUUCAGGAAAUUGAGGUAAAUAGAAGUUGUGACUUGCCCAGGAUUUCACAGCUAGGAAAUAUCUUAAUCCAGGUUUCAACUCAGAUCUAUUCAACUCCAGGCCCAGUAUUCUUUCCUCAUAUUACCUAGCUCCUCUAAGAAUAAAUGGUACUAAACUGUGAUGUGCACCAAAUCAUCUGACUCUAAAUGCAGGUGUUUUGUUUUGUUUUGUUUUUCGGUGUGUGUGUGUAUGUGUGUAGCACAUACGUUAUCACAUAAUAGACCAUCUGUAUAUAUUUUAUGUAUAAAUUAUAUAUAAAUUAGUGAAGUAUAAUUUUGUACUAUAACAAAGGACAAUUUGAAGAAUUCUGAGAAGCAUGGAAAGAUCAGUAUGAAAUGAUCCAAAGUGGAAUAAGAAGCAAUAAAAUUAUAUACAUAGUAAUUUCAUUAAAGUAGAGAUGAAAAAUAUCCUAAAAUGAAGCAAAUCCAAUGGUGAUUAUAGCAACCAAUCUUGAUCCUAGAAAAGCAAUAGGAUAUUCUUUCUCCUUAUUUUUUUUUGUAGAAAUACAGGUUCCUGAAUAUAAAUGAUCACUGGUGAUGUCUGAUAUAGUUGUUGUAUUAAUUGGUUUUGCCUAACUUUUUUUUUCAUCAUAUGGGCAAGUUCAUGUAGUUGAGUGGGGAAAAUAUAUGUAAAAAUGAUUAUGAUGCAACAAAGAAAUUAAUGCUAACUUCAAAAAAAAAAAAAAGAAAGGUUUGGUCUUUUUUGGAAAAAAAAAGGAAAUUGAAUAAGUUUAGGAGGAAGCAGGAAUAAUAAAGACUCAUGUUAUUUCAAAUAACAAUAAGAAUUUGUCAAAAAGACUAGUAGCAGCAUGAUUGGUAAAUCCCUGCCAAGGAAUACAGAAGCUUUUUGCACAAUCAAAAACAAUAAUAGAGAGGGGUCUGUUGCUUUCUAGAGACAUGUUUCCAAGAACUGAUAGAGAACCAUUUAUAACUUGUAAAAUUAAGGAACACGUGAUUAUAACCCACUUUUCAUGAUAAAUCUUAAUAGAAUUCUAGAAGGCACUAACAGGUAAUUAAGUUUUGGUCAAUAAUGGAGAUCAUGGAAGUGCAUGGAAUUUUUAUCAUUUCUGCCAUUAAAGACAAGGAAUUUAGAAGAUAAAAAGCACAUUUGGAGAGUUGAUACCUAUUUAAGAUUAUAAUGUUAAUAGAAUUAUUGGUUUUGAAUUUCUAAGUCAUGGCUUAAAAUGUAGAAAUACCAAGCUCUUGGCCAGUGAAAGUGUAUCUAAUAAGUACUAAUAAGAAUAUACUUGACUAAUGUCAAAAUAUCAAAAGGAUUUAAAACUGAAUAGAAAAUAUAAGGUCAAAAUCUGCCUCUAUUAUAUCCAUCAAGCCAUGUUAGGCAGAGAACAAUAACUAUGUAGGAAAAACAGAAAUAGAUGUAAAGUCCAAAAAUUCACAGGAGACAAAAAAAAAAAAUCAAAAUCCUAAUCCUGCAUAUGCUUAUUCACAAAAGCACAAAAUAUGAGCAAUAGGCAAAAUGAACUGCACAUGAGGAAAGUGAUUUGACUUAAAAUUUUUCACUAAAAAUUAGAUUUUUUAUAAACUAGAAUUCCUCUAUGAAUAUUUUAUCAGAAUGAUUAAAAAUAAUUUUAUUUAUUCAGAAUGACAAGGAAAAGUUAAAAGGCCACUGAAGAAGGAUGGCUUUUUGUAUUAAAAAAUACUCCAAGGAGAUGACUGACAAAAAAAACUCACAUAUACCAAAAUAUUUAUAACAAUAGAAUUUAGAAACACAGUAAAUUCUCAUUAAUUGGAGAAUAAACAAAUUAUGGUAUAUGAAAAUAAUGAAGUAUUUACUAUUUUAUAAAGAAUGGACAAAUAAGAUGGAACUUAGAAAAAAAGCAAAAAAUAGUGACAUAACGAUAUAAAUGAAAAGACCAACUGUCUCAAAUCAAUGAAAAGUAUAUGUUGGAAAAUUAUAAAGAGGAAGCCAGAUCACAAAGAUUUGAUAUAAGAAAACAACCCUACCCAUUUGAAGAGGUGGGGGAAUUUUUCAAUGUAAAAACAAAACUAAGUCAAAAAAGCAAAAAAUAUCUGCUUCUGUAAGAAAAUCUAUGAAAUAGAGGGGAUAAGUCUAGAGGAAAUUAUAUGAAAUAUAAUCAGGGGAAGCAAUUUUGUUAUGUCAUUGAGGAGCUGGGGAAAUAAUCCUGGCAUGUCAUUUAUAAACUUAGAUACCUGUACAUCCUUAAGUCAAAGCAGAGUGCCUAAUGAUUUCUUGAUGUUUUCUCCUAAAGUUCAUUUCAUUCUAAAAAAAAGAAAAUAAAAGAACCAAUAGAAAGUAACUUUGUUCUGGAUCCAAUUCUUAACAAUGGAGAAGAAAUUGUGAUUGGUACAAAUGAUGGAAAUUUUGGGAAGAAGUGAUCACACUAUGUUACAGUUUAUUUCAGAAAAGAAAAGGAAAGUCAAGAAUUAUUACAUGGGUUCUGAAUUUUGGGAAAAUAGAUUGGAAAGGGUUCAGAGAAAAAAUAGUAUCUCCUAACUAAAAUACUACAGGAAAAGUCAACCUAAGAGAGAAGGGAAACUUUCAAAGACAAAAUUCUAGAAAUGUAAAAAAGAGUUUGAGUAAGGAGCAAAAGGGGAAUUGUUAAGAAGAGAUUGUUUUGCUAUUGGGAGCUGCAAAAAGAUGAUGGCUAUAAGUAGAGAGCAGGAAAGAAAAAAACAUUGUGGAAGUAGGAAAUGCAAGAAUUAUCAGCUUAUUGGAUACAUGAGAGGGGGAAGGGAAGGACAGUUAGGGAGGAAAGUGAAAGUACAAACCUAAGAGUUGGAAAAAAGACCCUUGUAUAGAAAUAGGAGGAUUUGGAUGAAAGGUAGAUUUCUGGGUAGAAGAGGUUAUGUUUUGAAUAUGUUCAGGUUGAGAUGUGUCCCAAUCAUCUUGAUUGAAAUAACCAAACACAGUUGGUGAUGUAGGACUAAAUCUCAGGAGCAAGACUGGAACUAGACAUGUACAAGCUCUAAGUUGUCUUCAUAUAAUUGAUUAUAAAUCAACUGGAACUAAUAAGAUAACCAAGAGAAAAUUACUAGAGAGAAAAUGCUACAAGAUAGGGAUGUCCUUGUAGAACACUCACAUUUAGGGGAUUUGGAUGAUGUCAUAACAAAGGAGAAUAAGUAUAUAAGUAAGUGGGAGGAUAACAAAAAGAGAAUAUUGUAAUAAAUUCACAAAAUUUGAAAGAAUAUCCAGAAGAAGAGAAUUAAUCAACUGUUGGAAUCCUUACAGACUGCUAACUAAUUAGAGUUGAUCUAAUCUUACAAGAAGAUUUUGGCCAGAACCUGAAACAAGGUACUAAGUAGAACUAAUUAAUACAAGGCUUGUGUUCACACCUUUACUCAUUGGAGUCCACAAGUAUGCUAGCUUCACAAAGUAAACUUUCUAACUUCAAGGGAGUUCACACCUCCCUUAAAGCUCUUCGGGCCAGAGAGCACUAUGGGAGAAAACCCAUAAUCCCUCUCUCUCGUAUCCCACAAUUCCUCCUUCUUGGAUAAAAGAAACAGACAGGGGCUCUCGGUCAGAUUUCAUUGGAGUUACGCCAGAAGCCCUUUCUCCGAGGCAAGGCAAGAGAGAAUACAUUUUUUCCACUUGGCUGGCUGGUGGCAGACAAAGAGAUUUCAGAGGAUAAAGCUACGAGUGAGAGUUCAGUGGACAACCAGAUUCAUCUUCAUCUCACACCACUGUAGUUGGUGGCUGGGCUCUCCAGAAGGAGACAAGAGAGACAUUCCAUCUCUGUGUUGGUUGGAGGCUGAAGAAAGCAGAGGCAGAGGCUGAAGGACAGAACCUUUGGAUUUGGAGUCAAAAAUCUCAUCACUGACACUACCUGUGUGAUCUUGAAAGUGAUAUCAAUUUCCUCAUCUAUAGAAUGAGUAAAAUUUUGAGAAAGCCAAAUAAAACUAAACUACUCUUAAUUAACUUGGGUGUACUGAAAAUGGAUCAAGUAUCUGAAGAAGGGGAUGAUGCUGUUGCUACCAUCAGUGCUACAGAGACCUUAUCAGAGGAAGAACAGGAAGAACUAAGAAAGGAACUUGCAAAGGUAGAAGAGGAAAUACAGACUUUAUCUCAGGUGUUAGCAGCCAAGGAGAAGCAUCUAGCCGAGAUCAAGAGGAAACUUGGAAUCAAUUCAUUACAAGAACUAAGGCAGAACAUUGCCAAAGGCUGGCAAGAUGUGACAGCCACAUCUGCAUAUAAGAAGACUUCAGAAACUUUGUCUCAGGCUGGACAGAAGGCCUCAGCUGCUUUUUCUUCUGUUGGGUCUGUCAUCACCAAAAAGCUUGAAGAUGUAAAAAACUCACCUACUUUCAAAUCAUUUGAAGAAAAAGUUGAGAACUUAAAGUCUAAAGUUGGGGGAGAAAAUAUAUAAUUAUAAUUUCUCAGAUCAUUCAACUGAGUUUUCCAGAAAAAAUAGUCAUUUUUCAUAAUGAUAAUCUUAAACAUCCUAAAAUGUAAUUUGUUUGCUCUUUAAAUAGUGCUUCCCUAAGAAGGGAAGAUCGAAGGGCGCCCAAUAUAAAACUUAAAUAGAAAUGGAUUCCCUAGUGACUAUAUAGUAACUUAGAAAACUACAAAUUAGCAUCAUUUUUCUAGUAUCAUAUUUUCAUUUGGUUUUUAAGAACUCAGAGGAGUUUUUGGUUUGGGUUUUUUUUUGUUUGUUUGUUUGUUUGUUUGUUUUUGCUGAGGCAGUUGGGGUUAAAUGACUUGCCCAGGGUCACACAGCUAAGAAGUGUUAUGUGUCUGAGGUCAGAUUUGAAUUUAGGUCCUCCCGAUUUCAGGGUCAAUGCUCUAUCCACUGUAACAACUAACUGCCCCAAGAACUCAGGAGUUUUGCAGAACAUUUUCAUAAGUCUAGAGUUUGACAAUUCUAGUCAGCUGUAAUAAAUGCAGCACAAAGGUCAAGUAAAUCUAAGAAAAGCCUAUUAGAUUUAACAGUUAAUAGAUCACUAUGAUUUCUUGUUUGUAUUUCUUAGUUAAGAUGACAAAGUAAAAGUUACUAGAAGAGCCCAAUCCUUCCAAAAUACUCCAGUAAAUUUCAAAAAAUGCACCAGAAAGAACAACAUUAAGGCAACCAGAGAAGCAGCUACAAAAUCAUCCAUUCUAUCCAAGAAAAAUGCCAAAAGCAUUUUUGGGAAAGCAGAAGCCUUCAAUUUUCAGGCACCCCUGCAGUAGACACAGUGACUGAAAAGACUCCCAUGGUGCUCAUAAAAACAGUUCCAAAGCAGGCUGUGAGAGCCAUAGUAUAAGAGCCAAAAGAGCACCUCUGAAGCACAAACACUAGGGAUUUUACAGGAGCCCAUCAAGUGGCUGAAUCGACAGUGUCUAAUUGUUGCCUGUAAGGGUCACAUGAAAGGCUGGACCCAACUCCCUAUCGGGCACUGUGCCAGAAAGAGACUGAGACCAAGCAGAACCUAAAACCUAAGCUCAAAUGUCUGAAGAAAGAACUAGAAGGCAGGAUUCCUUCCUGCAAAGCCCAGAACUAGCCACUAUAUCCUGUAUGGCAGAGAUAGUUUUCAUCUAGAUCAUAGAGGGAACUACCUGUCAGCCAAGUCAUAGGUUCAGAUCUAAGCACAAAGGUAUAAUCCUGAAACAGAGGUUAAUUAUAUAAAUUGAGAAAGAUGAAUUUGGUAAAGAAAUACUAUGAAUUAAAGAAAUACAAGAAAUUAACUCUGAAGUAAAGAGAAAUUCUACAUUAAAUAUAAAAGGAAAAAAAAAAAUCCCUUGGCCGUAAGGACUGUAUAUAAAACUAAUAUAAAUCAAGCCAAGGUUACAAACCUAAAUUAGAAUUGAAAUAAGACCUUUGGAGGAAGAAAUUAGAAUGAAAAUAAACUGCUCAGAACAGAAAAUGGAAAGUCUUAACCCAAAACUAAUGAAAGAAAAAAAAAAAAUAAGGAAAACAAGCCAAGUAGUACCAGAUCUCAAAUUAUACUGCAAAGGAGUAAUCAUCAAAAACAUAGUAAAGUUAGAGUAAUUAAUUAUACUUCAAACAUAAAAGAAGCAGGCAAA